AUGCCCCUCUCCUGCGAUGAGCCCAUCUGCCCCAAGUUCCAGCCCAACAUCUUCGACUCCUCCCGUUGCCACGACUGCCUGCGUCAGAGGCGCAUGCACGCCGGCUCUGGGGACGGCGCAGAGGCAGCUCCACAGCAGAAGUUCACAGCACAGAUUGGAAUUGGGGCUAAAACUGGGGAUGACACUGGGAUUGGAUCUGGAAAAGGAGUGCUGUUAACACCGAUCCCAUCGCAGGCAGAGGAAAGAGACACCAGCAGCAAGGAGGACUCUGACGGUCUGUCGGUGGUGAGCAGCUACUGUGAUGUCAACGGAGGCCAUCUAGGUCAUGGGGAGAGCUCUUUCUGCAUCCUGAGCCCCGACUGUGAGCUUUAUAUCUGUGACGACGACGACAGCACCGACAGCUGUCGUGACCACAGUGACUACUGCGAGUUCAGUGGCUCCGUCAGUGCAGAGGACGAAUACCUGCCGAUCCGUCGACGUUUGACCAAGCUCGCCAUGACCCGGCUCGACCCUCCGCCCCAUCGGCCCAGCCCUCGGGCCUGGAUGGACGAAGCUCGGAGCAGAGAUCAUUUCAGCGGUCAAUCAGGGUUGAAAGAAGACGCACAGAAGCGUGAAAGUGGGUACUUCUCCCUGGGGAGGGCAGCGGGUGUCCGCUCAUUCCAUGGUAACGGGCCGCCUGCUCCAUUCCGCCAUUUUGAGAGAGGGCAUCCUAUCUUCGGCAGCAGAGGCGUAGAGCCCAAAGACACCAUCCCCUUCAGAAACCCUAAUCUCGGCGUGGCCUCUGAAAGGCAAACGCCGGAGGGUCUAAAUGAUGACUUGCUAUUGGAAACCCAGCCUCCUGACCACUAUGAAAUUGCGGUUGAGGUUGAGGCACAGGUCGGCCCCCGCUCUCCGAGUCCUACUCCUUUUAAGAUAGCCGAGUCGCUGGCCUCAACAGGGCGAAAAGGUUUCAGCAGUUCCUAUAGUCGGGGAAACCCUUCCUCUGACGUCUCUUCCUAUCAUCACUCAGGACGCUUUGAGUCCUCAAGGCAAGACUCAGCUCUGCCAUCUCGUUCCUCUUCUCCCUCGUGUGGAAACUUACCGCUUAGACGCAGUGAGCCAAACGCUUCCUUCAGCAGGCAUAACUUUAAUGGUGGAGGGUGGUCUCAAGGGACGGAGCCAGGAUCCAGAAACUCCUUGCAAGGCACCCACGGGCGACGUGUCGAGUCAGGAACUCUGCCAAGAAACUUUAAAUCAUUUGCUGGUUCGGUCAAAUCCCAGACCAGCACGGUUUCUGAUUUUAGGAGUGCCUUGAGGAGAACUGAAGUAAGCCAGUCUUCGAUUGGUCGAGGUUGUGACAGCAGAUGCUCAUCUCCCUCAAGGAGGGACCACAACAAUUUAGGCCAAAUGUCUCUCCGCAAAACGGAAAUCACCAGCAGUUCAUCUCACGGACGCCGGAGCGACACUCGUACUUCGUCUCCGCCGUCUCCGUCUAGGAGAACUUCCGACCGUGAGGGUCACAGACACUCACCGCCGGGGAGAAAUUACAGCUCGUCUCGCCAAUCCCCCCUUCAUAAAUCUGAAUCAAUUGUGUCUCUAAGCGGACGUAGUCACCACGGACGCUGUGGCUCCCCCAUAAGAGAAGGCUAUGAUAUUGAAAGCCAGGCUCUGCUAUGUAGCCCAACCGCUAAGAAUGGAAUGAAUGACCAAGAACAUGAAAGCCCCACCGAGACCAGACGAGGUUAUGACACAAGUCUAUCGGUACUCCGUAAGACAGAAUCAUGCACUGUCAGUGGCAGUCGAGGUCGGGGCAGCCGUUGUUCCUCUACUGGCAGGAGAGGCAAUGAAACCCCUACUCAGUAUAAACUCAGGAAAACAGACACCAGUGGUUCUUCACCCAGCAGUAGGUGUGAGAGUCGCACCUCCUCCCCUUCGAGGAGAAGCUAUGAAGCUCCUUCUCAGUCCCUGCUGCGCAAGUCUGAAGCAAACAGUUCUGCCAGAAGUCGUGAGAGCCAAAGUCUGUUGCCCUCAAGGAAAAGCUAUGAUGCUCCUGACCAGCGCUCACUGCGGGAAGCAGAAACUAGCUCCUCCCUUAACGGCAAGAAUCACAACAGCCGCAACUCCUCUCCUGCCAGAAAAGGUAACGGUGAACUGCCGGGCUACUCAAUCCUCAGACAGGUCACUAACGGAGAUUCCAGCCAUUCCUUUAAAAAAAAGAACACUUACCACGACUCAAAAUCGGACUCCAAUCACUCACCGCGCUCCUGGCGGGAGUCGACUCAUUCCCGCCACAGCUCCUCGUUGUCUCGUGCUGCUUCGCCCUCCAGACAGACCACGGAUGGCCGCAGAACAGCUUUUAUCACCUUGGAAACACCCAGGAGCCCUGGCAGCAGCAGGUCUGGGGUUGGUAGACAUGGCCACGUUGAUCGUUUUCCCUCCCCUAAUGACAAGAGGCCCACCCACCGCGCACGGAGCCCUUCUCCUUCACCUCAGAUUCAACUGAGGAAGCACACCUCCUCCCAGAGCUCCAUGGAGUCUUUGGAGUCGGGUCAACUGUCGGUGGGGUCUACAGGACGGAACAGGGAGGAGUAUGCCAUGUUGGCCGACGUGCCAAAGGUCAAGAUGAUCCCUCAGAGAGAAGGGCCGAGUCACAUGGGUCGGCUUCAGAACCAGCAGCCAUCUCGGAGACAAGAGCUCUUUAAACCAGCCAGCCACUCCCUGAGCAAGCAUCCCUCCAGAGAGUGGGACGAUACGGGGGACACUGAGAGAGACUGGCACUACGGUGGCAGUGGGUAUCUAUCUCGAGCUCACUCCUCCACCUCAUUGCAGAGGUCUGGCAGUCCCACGGCAGAUGAGGGCAGUUCUUGGAAAGGUAACCACCACGGAUCAGAACAAAUGCAGCCCCUGGAGGUCCCCGGACACCGGGUUCAGAACCUAGCACCCCCAUGGUGA